GCGCCGAGCCCGGGCUCCCGCAGACAAAGGGGCGGCGGGGGCGGACCGGCAGCUCCUCCCGCCUGCCCGGGGCGGGGGUAGAGCCCUCGCCCCCGCCCCAGCCCCAGCCCAGCGCAGGUGGGGUCCGGCGGCAGCAAGUUUCAGCGGGGCCGGAGGACGAAGUUGCUCGGUGAGCGGUGUCCCGGUGUCCUCGCUCCGCGCUUUGUUCCCGGGAGGAUGCGGCGCGCGUAGCCCCGGCCGAGGCGGUGGGGCCGCAGCGGGGGCAGGGGCAGCCCUCCGCCGGAAAACUCCGCGCCGCCCCCCUUCCUCCUCCUCCUUCUUCUUCCUCCUCCUCCUCCUCCGCAGAGCCCCGGCACGGAGCGAUGCUUCCCCGGGCGGCGGGUGGCGAUGGAGCGGGGCGGUAGCGCGGUGCCGCGGUGCAGAGCAGCCCCUCGGGCAGCCGCCCGCUGCCCCUGAGCGGCGGCGAGGAGGAGGAGGAGGAGGAAGGCCGGGAGUGUGAGCGGGGCGGCGGCCAUGGAGGAGUGGCGGCAAUGCGGCCGCUGGCUCAUCGACUGCAAAGUUUUGCCCCCCAACCACCGGGUGGUCUGGCCCUCGGCGGUGGUCUUCGACCUGGCGCAGGCGCUGCGGGACGGGGUGCUGCUCUGCCAGCUGCUCCACAACCUCUCCCCCGGCUCCAUCGACCUCAAGGACAUCAACUUCAGGCCCCAGAUGUCCCAGUUUCUCUGCCUGAAGAACAUCCGAACCUUCUUAAAAGUGUGUCACGACAAAUUCGGGUUGAGAAACAGCGACCUGUUUGAUCCCUUUGACCUCUUUGACGUGCGGGAUUUUGGAAAGGUGAUCUCUGCAGUAUCCAGACUCUCCUUCCACAGUAUUGCUCAAACCAAAGGAAUCAGGCCCUUCCCUUCGGAGGAGACCACGGAAAACGAUGACGACGUGUAUCGGAGCCUGGAGGAGCUGGCGGAUGAACAUGAUCUGGGGGAGGAUAUUUAUGACUGCGUCCCCUGUGAGGAUGAAGGUGAUGAUAUCUAUGAAGAUAUCAUCAGAGUGGAAGUUCAGCAGCCCAUGAAAAUGGGAAUGACAGAGGAUGACAAAAGGAACUGCUGCUUGCUGGAAAUCCAAGAAACUGAGGCCAAAUACUACAAAACACUUGAAGAUAUAGAAAAGAACUAUAUGAACCCACUGAGGCUGGUACUGACUCCCCAAGACAUGGAGGCUAUUUUUAUCAAUUUGGAGGACCUAAUUAAAGUGCACUUCAAUUUCCUGAGAGCCAUUGAUGUCUCUAUGAUGUCUGGAGGGAGCAGCCUGGCAAAAGUGUUUCUGGAAUUCAAAGAGAGGUUGCUGAUUUAUGGCAAGUACUGCAGCCACAUGGAGUAUGCCCAGAACACACUCAACCACCUCCUUGCCAACAGAGAGGAUGUCAGGCAGAAGGUGGAGGAAUGCACACUGAAGGUUCAAGAUGGGAAAUUUAAACUGCAGGAUCUGCUGGUGGUUCCGAUGCAGAGAGUUCUGAAAUACCAUCUCCUCUUAAAAGAGCUGCUCAGCCAUUCAUCAGACCGACCAGAGAAACAGCAGCUGAAGGAGGCUCUGGAGGCGAUGCAGGACUUGGCCAUGUACAUAAAUGAAGUAAAGAGGGACAAAGAGACUUUAAAGAAAAUAAGUGAAUUCCAGAGCUCCAUAGAAAACCUGCAAGUGAAGCUGGAGGAGUUUGGGCGGCCAAAAAUCGAUGGUGAGCUGAAGGUUCGCUCCAUAGUCAACCACACCAAGCAGGACAGGUAUUUAUUUUUAUUUGAUAAAGUGGUGAUUGUCUGCAAAAGGAAAGGGUACAGCUAUGAGCUGAAAGAAAUCAUUGAGCUGCUUUUCCACAAAAUGACUGAUGACCCUAUGAACAACAAGGACAUUAAGAAGUGGUCAUAUGGCUUCUACCUAAUUCACCUCCAGGGGAAGCAGGGCUUCCAGUUCUUCUGCAAGACAGAGGAAAUGAAGAGGAAGUGGAUGGAGCAAUUUGAAAUGGCAAUGUCCAACAUAAAGCCAGAGAAAGCCAAUGCAAAUCACCAUAACUUUCAGAUGUACACAUUUGAAAAGACCACCAACUGCAAAGCCUGCAGGAUGUUCCUGAGAGGAACUUUCUACCAGGGCUAUCUUUGCCCUAAAUGUGGAGCAGGUGCUCACAAGGAGUGCUUGGAGAUCAUUCCUCCCUGCAAGAUGGGUUCUUCAGCAGACCAGGACUCACUGAGUGCAGGAGCUGGUCCUAAAAUGGUGGCAGUUCAAAAUUACCAUGGAAACCCAGCUCCCCCUGGGAAGCCAGUGCUGACAUUUCAAAUUGGGGAUGUGAUUGAGCUGCUGAGGGGGGACCCUGACUCGCCAUGGUGGGAGGGCCGGCUGCUGCAGACAAAGAAGUCAGGUUACUUUCCCAGCUCAUCAGUAAAGCCCUGCCCUGUGGAUGCCAGGCCUCCCAACAGCCGUCCGCCCUCACGGGAGAUCGACUACACGGCGUACCCAUGGUUUGCAGGGAACAUGGAGAGGCAGCAGACAGACAACCUGCUCAAGUCUCACGUCAGCGGCACGUACCUGAUCCGGGAGCGGCCGGCCGAGGCCGAGCGCUUUGCCAUCAGCAUUAAGUUCAAUGAGGAGGUGAAGCACAUCAAGGUGGUGGAGAAGGACAAUUGGAUUCACAUCACGGAAGCCAAGAAGUUUGAGAGCUUGCUGGAGCUGGUGGAGUACUACCAGAGCCACUCACUGAAGGAGAGCUUCAAGCAGCUGGACACAACACUGAAAUACCCCUAUAAAUCUCGGGAGCGUUCUACCUCCAGGACCUUCACUCGCUCUCCAGUGUUCACCCCACGGGUCAUAGGGACGGCGGUGGCUCGGUACAACUUCGCGGCGCGGGACAUGCGGGAGCUCUCGCUGCGAGAGGGAGACGUGGUGAAGAUCUACAGCAGGAUUGGUGGGGACCAGGGCUGGUGGAAGGGGGAAACCAAUGGGAGAGUUGGCUGGUUUCCCUCAACAUACGUGGAAGAGGAGGGGGUGCAGUGAGUGCGGAUGGCUGGUGGCAAGUCCUCGAGCAGCCCGAGCCGAGCCGCCGCCUCCCGCAGACUCUGGCGCUCGGUGCCUCUGUACAGUGUGUGUGUGCACCCUGGGCCUCGCUCCUCCCUGCCUGUAUAGAAGAUGGAUGGCCUGAAGAUUGCUGGUGUGUGGGAUGAUGUCGGUGUAGCAGCUGCAGGAGAGUCCCUGGGGGAAAAGCCACGCUCCUCUGCAUGGACAGAGCUGAGAGACUCUGGGCGCUGCCCGCCGAGGAUGGGGCUGCAAAGCCCUUGGAGGAAAAGUGUUGGAAAAGCCACCGUGGUGAUGGUGGAGGGAGGCUGAAGGCUGGUGCCUGGGCUGGUGCCUGGGUGUGCCAAGGGGGAGGACUUGGUGGUUUCUAAGGGGAGGGAGUGACUCAGCCCAGAGAUGAUGCAGCCCCCCUGCCCUGCUGCUGGGGUGGGCUCCCUGAGCCAGGAUUUUGGCAGUGCCCAGCAGCACCGUGUUGCAGCUGGGGUGAGGGGCUAGAGCGAGGACACCCGGCCUGGGAAGGAGGAAUGAUGCCAUCUGGGAAACCAGGAGCACGUUUUGACCAUCAGACAUAGGCUGGGAUCAGACCUGCAGGUCAGACAGGAGGAGAAAGAGCCACCUUGGCAUCCCAAGGCUGUUUUCUUUAGGAGCACCUCGAGUCCCCCCGUGCUUGCUGCAGGAGGAGGGGGCAGCCAAGGGUGCCAGUUGGUCCCAGCAGUGAACAGGAGGUCUCAGCACAUUGCAGGACUAGAGAUGUGCUUUACCACACAAGGGUUUGGGAAGCCACCAAGGCACCAGGUACACGCAGAGGAGCAGACCCUGUGUCCAUGGGCCUGUCCUGCUCUCACUCCCAGCUUGCCCCUCAGGCCAUGCUUCCUGCAGCCACGACAUGUCUCACCUCACUGAGCUCAGGGGGAGCAAACCCACCUGAGUAAGGGCUAUGGUAUCCACUCAUUUCUCUCACUAAGUUGUGAAAGCAUCUCUUCUUCCCCAUCUGUGUGCACUUUUGGGGGCUGGGAGCGUUGCCCCUCUCUUCCUCCCACAGGCUGUUGCUGCUGCUGCUGUCAAGUAAAGGUCAGUCUGUGUUGGCAUUGCUGCUGUGUCCUGAGCACUCUCCACCCAGGUCUGUUCAUCCCAAAGUGCAGCUCCCAUGGCUGGGAGGCAGAGCUGCCAGGUGGAAAUCCCUGCCAUCAUCUUCUCACCAGCACUGGCUUUGCUCUGCAGCUCCACAGCUUCCUUCCAAGGUGCAAAUACCAACAACUACCCGUGUGGGUGUGUGGCAGGGAACAACCUUCCCCUGGUGUGAGUGCCAGGAGAUGCCCUCCAGCCUCUCUGAGGAAAUGGCACUUGAGUUGGUGCUUCCAGGCCCUCAUGUUGUUCCCUGGGACCUGUGCAGGUCCUGCCAUGAGGCACUGUGUGGUGCAGGUCAGGGAUGUGCCAGUGCUGGGAGGUGAGUGGGGCUGAUGCCCUCGGCCCCUGGCACAGGGAUGCCAUGGCAGCAUCCACAAAGCAGCAGUGCCCUGCUUGGGGUAAUCAAUGGAAGAGCUGGGGGCUCUCAAGGAAAAGGGGAAGGUAUUAACUUGGAAAUGAACUGUUGCUGAGUGACAAGCCCAGAGCUGUGCUGCUUUGCUGCCUGUUCCUCCUGCAGCCCUGGGAGUGCCCUGCUCUCAGUGCCAUGGUGGCACAGGGCUGGGGGCAGAUGCUCGUGGGGUCUUGCUCUGCAAGGGGACGGGGACAGGGAGGGUCUGGGGGCUUUCCCAAGGUACUGUUUGGUGCUAGAGGCCCUCAGAGCUCAGCUCAGGGUACACUCAAGGGGGAGCUGGUGAUGCUCCAUUCCUGUGCAAUGCAAACUCCAGGAACUGGGGUUCCUGGGGCUGUGCAGGGGCUGAGGGGGAUGUUUGGGGGGAUGACACACACACCCCCCAGACAAACUCAUCUUCUGCCUCAUCCUGAAGCCUUACACAUCCCUCCUGGUUAACGUGGCUGAUGCUGUAAGGCAGUGAGGGCAUCCUCUCUGGAAGAGCAUCUUCUCUGUCCCAGGGACCAUGACAUCAUGGCCUCAUCCCUCACCCCAGAGGCACCCCCGAGCUCAGCCCCUGCCUGCCCUCCCCUCCCAGCCCUGCCAAACCCCCCCUUCCCUCCAGAGAGCUCUCCCUCUUGUGUUUACUGUUGUAAGAAACUUGUUACAGAGAUUGUUUUGUUUGUAAGUAAUUAUUCAGCCAUUUGCCACAAUAUAUCUGUGAAUAAGAAAGGGAAAUGUGGGGUUUUUUAUGAUGGUGAGCAAGCUGUGUAUAUAUUUUAGUUCCUCACAGGUAGUUCCCAGCUGCCAUGGGAUAACCUGGGAAAAGAAUAUGUCAGUUCCUUGGGGGGGUUUUUCCUUUGCACUGCACUAACUGGGGGAGGGCUGGAGGGGGUUUGGAAGAGAGAACUGUUUGUUUCUGGAAUAGUUUCUAGCUGGGAAUUUGGAAAUCAUUCUGGACUAGCUUGUUAAUGCUGGAAUAGAAACUUUAGCUGCUACUUUAGCAACUCUUUUGCAUGUGGUUUUUUGCAGACCUUUUUUUCAGCUACAAGACAGCAAAGUAAAUUCCACAAUGAAAAACAAAUAA